AUGUCCACCGACAACGCCGCCAUCACCUCGGCCCCCGCGCCCUGGGCGUGCCGCGCCACUGUGUACUCGGCUGUAUUCUGGGUCUCGGCCUCGCAGGCGUCCUCCCCAAGCUUCAACGAGGCAGCGUACGCCCCGCUCGAGAGGGACGCGCCCUUCGCUACAGACUCGGGCAAGCCCGAGGGAGGCUUGGCGACCGUCAUGCUCGUGCGGUACAAGGACACGCCGGUUGGAUCUUACGACGAAAUGAUGCUUCUCCCGGGCAAGUUCGGCUUCGAGGUCGACAGCAACGGGCGCCGCGUCAAGAAGAGCAAACUGCGCAUCACGCGCAUCUACGUCAGCCAGCGCAACACGACCUGGAACGGCCGAACGAGUCACCUUGCACGAUUCGACUUCCAGGAGCAGGCAGACGGAUCGGCCGACUGCAAGGUGUACCCGCUCGCGGAGCCUUCCGAGACGCCAGUGUUCCAGACGCGGUUCCAGCCCAUGCGCUACGUCCCGGCGAUGCCGAUGAGCACGCGCGCGUACGGAUGGCUCGGGAUCGACCUCGAGAUUGCGCAGCCGCCGCUGCCAGCGGGGCCGUCGGAGGCAACGGAGGCGAUGCUAGCGGCUGCACGCGAGCACGGCGAGGACGCCGCCAAGUCUGAGCUCGCCGGUACCGACAAGUGGUGCUCGUCCACGCCGUACCAGUACUCGAGCGCGACCAAGCUCGGCUGGAUGGAUCUCCGCCAGGCCGACGGCGGCAACUUCAUCCCCGGCGCCGGACGGUGGGCGAUGGCGAUCAAGAUGACGGACACGGAUCUGAGGCUGGGCGAGAGCACCUGGUGGGACCCGCCCCGGAGCAAGCUGUAG